AUUACACGAGCGUGCCUAUUGGAGAUCGAUUUGACUUCAGGCCAUCUUUUUACUGCUCGUCUGGUGUUUUAACGUGGUAUGGUGCCUAAAUUGAAAAUUAUCUGCAACAAUUCAUCCGCCGACCAACUCUAAUAUUUCAUCCUCAACCAAAUACCAACAAAACAAAGCUAAGCUUACGUCUCAAUUGAUUGCUAUACUUUACCCACUUCCCAUCAAUCAUUCGUCUACUUAUUGUACCACCAGUUCUGCUGUCUUCCGGAUUUCCUCUUAUUGACAGAGCUACUCUGAACUACGGCCAGAAUGCCCCCACCUGACUUCCCAACCAAAUAUACGAGUAGCUACACCCAUGGCAGACGACUGGGAAAAGGCGCAUUCUCGGAAGUGUUCCGGACGAAAUGUCAGAAGGAUGGAAAGUUCUACGCUGUCAAGGUCAUCGAGAAGGCUAAAAUAUCAGGUAAGAAUAAAGAUCUGAAUGAGAGCAUCAAGAAAGAGAUCGAGAUCAUGAGAACUCUGAAGCACAAGAACAUAGUGUGUAUCAAGGACUACAUAGAGGGGCCGAGGGAGAUCUUUAUCAUCAUGGAUCUAGCGGAGGGUGGGGAACUGUUCGACCGAAUCAUUUCCAAGGGCAACUACACAGAAGCUGACGCCGCUAAGAUAAUCCAGCAGGUGUUGGAAGCUUGUCAUUACCUGCACGCAGAGAAAGGCGUGGUGCACCGAGACAUCAAACCCGAGAACAUUCUGUUCAAGACGACGAACGAGGCCUCGGAGGUGAUGCUGUCGGACUUCGGGUUGUCCUACGCGAAUGAGUACGCCAGCAAAGGCAUCAUGUCCACUGCAUGUGGCACACCCGGCUACUGUGCACCAGAGAUUCUAAAGCACAAGGGUGCAUACACGGCCAAGGUAGACUGUUGGUCUGUGGGCGUGGUGUGUUACAUUUUGCUGUGUGGAUAUCCGCCGUUCAACUUCAACGACAGUGACCACGUGCUCUUCCGUCAAAUCAUGAAGGGCGACUACAAGUUCGACUCGCCCGCCUGGGACAAAGUGUCCAAAAGUGCAAAAGACUUCGUGGCCAAGCUCAUGAGCAUUGAACAGGGCGACAGACUCUCCGCGAAGGAUGCACUGAGCCACCCCUGGAUACAAGGAAAGGCUGGCAACGUGAACUUGACUCUGGUCAGUGGCAAUCUGGAGAAGACGAAGGCCAGCAAGAAUUGGAAGAAGCUCUUCAACACAGUGCGUGCAUUCCCAAACAGCGCCGACGCUGCUACCCCGACUAAAUAAGGACCACAACACAUCACAACUAACACAGUCCAAUUUAAACUUCGACAGCUCAAAUUUUUGACGUUGCAGCGAAAGGAUACUCUGUAGUAUGUCUGUAGUAUGAAAACUAAGCAUGGAAUAAUAAAGCAUGGCAGCAAUCAAGUGAUUUCAAAGCUGAUAUCACUUCUAAAAAAACAGUCAAUUGCUGUAUCUUUUAGAAAAAAACUCAACAAACAA